AUGUCGUUCUUCAACAACUUUUCUCCAACUCAUUUCAACGUGCCACCACCUCCUUUGUUCUCAAGACCUCCAAGGAAACUGUUAUCUGGUGGAGCGACUACUUCUGCCAACGCUUAUCUACCUUACUUUAUAGAUGACAAUGGCAAGCUAGAUAACGCUGAAUGUUAUAAAUUUUUCCCGUACGAAAGUAAUCAAGGAAAGACUGGAGGAUUACGUGGACAUCAAGAAGCACGUUACGAUGGUCAAGAAACAACUUUUAAUGCAACAACAGGACCGUCUUGUUAUGGACCAUCAAGAGAAUCUUAUAAUGGGCGAUCAAAAGAAUUAUUCAGUGGAGUGCCAAGAGAUUCAUGUGUUGGACCGUCGAGGGGAUUACUCGCUGGGCCGUCAAGGGAUUCAUGUGCUGGACCGACAAGAGAAUUAUUCAAUGGACCAUCCGGUGCUCCUUAUAAUAACCAGUCGAUGUCAACGAUCCUUGAUGACAAAAAUCAGCAUUUCAUGAAUAUAUACUUCCCUUAUGCUUCAUUGACGACAAUUUACGAUGGAGCUGGUUUUGACAAGGAACACGUCGGAUGUUAUGGUAAGAUGAAACUUAAGUGGAAAAUGCUUUUUUUUCAGGGCCAAAAGUGACUGAUCAUCCAUCAAAAAGUUACAAUGAUUUCCCGAGAACAAGUCACGGUGACUCUUCAUGUAUUGGCUUUAAAGAGAAUAUUCCAAGAACGGAUAAGCGUCAAAUUUGUGGCGUUUCAAACGUAAGUGAUUAUAAGAAUCUUUAUUUUUAAAAAGUAUUUUUAAGAAUCAGAAUUUUAAUUUGCAGAAUCUACGUUUUCAAAAUGAAGCUCAUGGCAAUCGACUGGCUCACUUCCCAUUUUAUAAGCAACAUCUUCAAGAUAAUGGUAUGAAAUAAAAAAUGGUGUAUUUUGUAUUAAAACUAUAAAAAUACUGUAUUUAGAAUUGAACUGGCGCUUAGAUGUUUACAGGUUUUUGUUUAAAAGUUACUUAUCAUCAUUGUUUUUCAGACAACAAUAAUCAAUACUCGGAAAACGGUGCUCAUAAACGAAGAAUUGAUGACACUGUAACGCAGAAUCCGUUGAAAGGCCGAAGAAUUACGUUUGAAACGCUUGCUGGAGGAAGUGGAACAUCUACAGUGAAAGCUCUUCCGCCACCGCCAGGACUAACACUACCAUGGAAAGUGCCACCACCUUCGAUUUCUACGGUACCAUCAUUGCUAAAGCUUAUGCCAUCAUCGUCAUAUACGGUACCUCCGCCAUCAGGGUUCGAGAAGACUUUAUCAAAAGGAAUUUCACCUUUACAAAGAAUUACUUCAUCAUCGGCUGAACAAGAACAAACUUCAAUAAUGUCAUCAAAGCGAACUAUGGCCAGAACUAAAUCUAAAAUAACCUCAGAUUUGGAUAAGUUAUUUUCGGAUUCUAGAAAUGCUCAGCCAUCGUCGUCAGCGACUGUGUCAUCACCUAAAGACAAGGUUUUACCUACUAAAUCACCAUCAUGUGAUGAAGAACUGUUGACAGCAUCUUUGAAGAAACUGUUUCCUCCUCCAAAAGCGAUGUUGUCAUCUCCUGGUAUAGAACCUACAAAAGAUUAUUCAGUGGAUGCAUCAUGUUCAACCGGCGUUUCAUCAUCUGAUGCUGGAGUGACAUGUAGAUUAAAAAUGAUGUGUUUUAAAGGAAAGUCGUUGUCAUCACAAGAUCUUUCACAAUCAAAGGAGGACGAUCAAAAAAAAUUAGUAGAAGGGCUCCUUGAAUUUCGAAUUUUCCGAGAAUCUGAGGAAGAAUUGAAAAAAAUAUUGCGCGGUGAUGAUGAAUGUAUGUCAAAAUGCGAUGGAGAAUUGGAUUUGUGCGCAUCUAAAGAGGACACCUAUGGUAAAAUGAUUUUGGACCUAAUAGAAGAAGAAACACAUGGUGAAAGAUCAGUGGGAGCAGAUACAGACAUAAAAGAUUCAGAACCCUCAGAAGUUGGACUUGAAGCUCUACGACUGGAAGAAAAACAACGCUAUGAAAAAAUGAUGGAACAGAGAAGAGUAAUCAAUGCCUUGAACGCAGGAAUAAGAAUACAUAACAUCAACGAAUACGACCAGUCGAUUACGAAGGAGCAGAUGAAAAAUAACGAAACAUGUCACCUCAAGAUGAAUGGACAGUUUAUAGAAGAUUUGCAGAAGAAAGAAGAAUUUAAGAAGCGUCAAAGUGUAAUAGAAGGUUUACGAAAGGCAGGAGAAGACAACAAGGAGAUGAUCUUCGAUGGUGACAUGGAAGUACCUGUGGUCGAUGGCUUUCCCAGCGUCUUUUCUAUCUAUAACAACUCUGAGAACAGAAAAGAGCAAUAUGAUAUUGACUACAAUGAGCCUAGAGGUGGUCUUCUGGAUCAAGCGACGGUUGACAGAAUCUGGGGACGACCGGUCGAACGAUUGGCAGAGAUUCCUGAAUGUGAUGAUGAAUAUGAUGUGGAGAGCUAUUUGAGUGAAUACGCUUUGGAUGAGCUAUAUGAAAAAGACGCUUUUGUUGAUGAUCAUUUCGAAACUUAUGACUCUGAGAACAAUUUUAUGUUUCAAUGUUUGGCUUCGAAUCAACCUCUCUUCAUCCAACAGGCUUCUGAAUGCGAAUUCUACGAGGAACCAGAAUGUUAUGAAGUCUAUGGCAAAGAACAGUUCUCCACUGGACCUCAGAUGAUCAUGAAUACAAUCCCAGAUUCAUAUCAAAGGUUCAGAAGGCUAUUUGAGGAACUUCCGAGGAAGCCUGAAGAUUACCCAAAAACAGCUGAUGACUUUUCGAAAUUGGAUGACCAAUUGCGGAAGAUAAAGUCAAUCGAGAAUCAGUUCAACAGCUACAAUAGGCCAGCUGAAUUGAGACAUCUGGAGCGUCUAAAACAAAUCUGGUAUGAUCUGAAGCAGAGGAUGGGCAGGGAAGAGUGGGUCAAGUAUCAAGUGGCAAAAUCAGAAGAGGAUGGUAAACUCAUCGACGAGAUCUUCGAGGAAUUCCGUGAGAUUCUCGUAGCUAGCCGCUAUCAAAUGUCUACGAAGGAUAUAGUAAACCAAUUGGAGUCAGAAGCCUUUAAAAGCUUUUUAGACGAACGCAAUCCGUAUUCGGCCAAGAGAUUGUUGACUAGCCUAUUCACUCAAAGCCGUAAACGAUUGGAGGAUGAAGAAAUGGCAGAGAAUGAGAAGUUGAAGGCUGAAGAAGAAGAGAGAAGGUUGAUGGAGAAGGAAGUGAUUGACAGACUAGCCAGAAUCGAAGAAGAAGCUGAAAGGUUGAUUGAAGAACAAAACAAGAUAGAUAUGGAAUUACAAACACAGGAGUAUAUUCGGUUUAUGAAUCCUGGAUUAGAACCUGCAUUGACACCCGAAUCUGCUUCAAGUUUCCCAGAUCAGAUUCCCAACUAUAUGAUGGAUCAGACCUCAAGAAGUAUGGUUGAUUUGACUCCAGAAUCUUUUGGAAGUCUUACUGACACAGCUACGCCUUUAUCUGAAGAUUUGGUGUGGGAUGAGAAUUCAAGAUACGAUGAUGUAAUUUUACCAUACGGAGCUGUUGAUGGUGACUAUGAUUCAGAAGGGGCACCAUGGGGAGAUUUUGAGUGUAAUGAAACACCACAAUGGGAAAUAAAUGAUGAUUUGGAUGAAAUGACUUCUGGAAGUCUUGAUGAACAGAGCUCGUGGGUUCAGAAUCCAGUAUUUGCUCAGAAUCUCACAUCACAGUACUUAGUGAUACCUCCUCAAAUCAUACCAUUGCAUCAGAAUGGCAUGUCAUCACUACAUCUAUCGUCAACUCAAGGUGUCUAUCCUGAACAUAGUCUACCGUCGACGCAGAACUUUAUUCACCUUCAAAAUCUACCUUCUAUCCAAGAUUCUCUUUACCAGAAGAAUCUACCGGCCGCAGGAACUGUCUUACAUUUCGGUCAUCAACCUCAGAAUCUACAACGUCAAGAUGCUCGUAUUACUAUGGUAAAAUGA